AUGAAAAAAACGACAUUCAUACACAGAAAGCAAAGGAAGUAUUUGAUAAUUGGAAGGAAAUUCUGGGAUGAUAGCAGGAUUCAAAAUUUACGUCAAGAUAUUAAAUAUUCCAAAACUCAUAAUGAACUGAAGUUGAUCCAAAUUGAAUCUGAAGAUGAUAGCGACUUAGGUAGAAAUGAUGAAGGAUUGAUAAACAAAGGCACUGUACAAAAUGAUGAAGUCGGGAAACGUAAUGUUGAAGAUCUCCUCAGAAAAUCUUUUCUUGUUGAUUUUCCAUCUACAUCCAAACAUGUUCUUAAUGGUGCCAAUUCAUUUUCUCAUCAGGGGGUAAGAAGAAGAGUUUGCUGGAAAAGAUACAUGUUGAGCUCGGUUACCGAAACUUCCAAUACUUUUAAAGAUGUCCAAUUUCCAGGGUAUUAUGAUAAGAUCAAAGCAGUAUGGCAUACCCGUGAAGCAGGAGCAGGAUAUUAUAUUAUUGAAGAAUAUCCAGAUGAUAAAGAGGAUGACGAUGAUGUAGUUGUGUCCGCAGAUCCAGACAAAUAUAACGAUGAUCGUCAAAAACUUAUUAAAACUGAUCUUCCAAAAAUAGAAGUUUGUAACUCUUUAGGUGUUUUUUUUUUAGCUCAAGGACACGGACAAAUGCUUGCCUUUGAUAAACACAUGAAUCUUGUUUUAGCGGAUUGUGAAGAAUUUAGAAAGAUCAAACCAAAAAGUGGAUCGAAAAUUCCUCAAGGGCAACCAGAUCAUGAAGAAAAAAGAACAUUAGGAUUGGUUAUUCUAAGAGGUGAAACCAUCGUCAGUUUAAGUGUAGAUGGUCCUCCACCCCCAACUACUGAUGAUUCCAAAACAAAGCUUGCACAAUUGCCAGGUGGUCCAGGAAUAGGUCGUCCAGCUGGAAGAGGUUUGCCAGUAGCACCACCUGGUGUUGCACCAGCAAGUCUUACUGGUCCAGUUCGUGGUGUAGGAAUGCCUCCAGGUAUGGCACCAAGACCUGGUAUGCCACCUGUUAUGGGAGGAAUGCCACCGGGUUUUAGAGGUAACAUGGGACCUCCACCAGGAAUGCAACCAAUGGGAGGAAUUCCUCCAGCUUUUAGAGGUGGUGCUCCUCCUCCAGGAAUAAGACCACCUCCAAUGGGAAUGCCUGGUGGACCUCCGCCAUUUCAAACUGGAGGACGCGGUAUGCCACCCAAUUUUCCUGUACCUGGUCAAGCACCUCCUCAAGGAUUUCGACCUCCACCUCAAAUGCGUCCACCUCCUGGUAGUGGUCCUCAACCUGGUCAAGGUCGAAGUCAAUGA